AGAUAAUAAAAUAUUGCAUGACUUGAAACUCUAGAAGAGUAUUCAAAAGUAAUUGAAAAAAAAAAACUUGAAAGAACGAGACUUUCCCUUGGAUUGAAAAUCAAAUAUUUGCAAGAAACAGUCAGUCAUAUGUGCAAAAGUUUGAAAUUGAAUAAAAUGGUCUCUGAUGUUUAAUUUGUGAUCAUUUUGUAUUAAGUGCAAAAUCUUGUUACCGAGUCGUUACAAAUUAAUGGUUUGUGAUCGUUUUAAUUCUCUCGAUCAUCCUUUGUCUUAUUUUGGCAACUCAUCAUUGAAUUAACUAUGCAUUGACCUUAAAUAUUAGAGAAAACAUAAGCAUUUUGAAUAUCAAUGACUGGUUAGAAUAAAAAUAGGUUUACCACCUCUCCAUCCUUUAUUUUCAACUUGUUUAAAUAUGUUAAUGUUUUAGUGGGGAUUAGUGGUCAGGUUUGAACUUUAACUCUCGUCAAAGGAGUUGUUCGUCGACAUCAUUUUUAUCACAAAAAAUUAUUAUAGAAUCAUAAUUUAUUUUGAAAAUUUAAUAAUUUUUAAUACACAACAAAUUAGAUCGAAUUGAAUAACCUAAAGCUCGAGUCGAAGACAAAAGCCUCUCGGACGAUAUCACAUCUCGUCUGAAGCAUCAUAAAGUCCUUUCCCAUUGAGACAAAGUUAGUGGUUUAACAUUUGGUGGUUAAUCGUUGUAAAACUGUUGGUUAACCAUUGAUAGAACCGUUCAUGAUAUAUAACAAACAAGACUUGUAUGACACCCUAAUUUAAGAAUGAAGUUAUCAUUGACCAUAAAAAAAUUUCAAAUUCAUAUCAUCAUCAAAAUAUCAAACAAAUCAUUCAAACCGUCUCACAAAUGAAAUCAUAAUUUUUUUUAAUUCAAGUUAAAAAUUAUGGUCCCAGUUGGUAGUGGACCAUGUAAAGUCGAUAACGAGGUUGGAAAAUGAGAAGAGGAAGCAUAAAUAAAAUUAAUAAUUUUGGUUUGAUGGUCUUAGUUGACGUUAAUUUUUUUUUUAAUUUGUGGUUAAAAUAUUGAAUUGGUUGACUAGUUAAACCGUAGUGGCUCAUUUGGUUUUAUGUUGAACUGUGAAUAAUCAUUUGGUCCAUUGUUAACCGUCCAACUAAUGAACCGAACCGCUAUCAUAACUUGUUUUACGGUUCUACAAGCUCAGUCAUUUGAUGGAUAAUUUACUCAUUCUUAUCAUUUAUGCAUCUUUUAUAGGGUGAGUAACAUAAACGAUCAUAAAUUUUUGCACUUAGAUACGGUAACAAAUGUUUGUACUUGGAACAAAAUAGUCACAAAUUAAAUAGAGUGACCAUUUCAUACAAGUUCAAAAAAUUUUACCAUGUUGUUACAAAUUAAACUUUUUGGUGACCAUUUUGUACAACGUUUAAAGGUUUGAAUGAAACCUGUAACAUCCCGAACCUUUUCCUGACAAGAUACUGUCCGCUUUGGGCCUCGACCCUCACGGUUUUCGACUUGGGAUGCAAUUCAAGGUAACUUCCCAUAAGGUCACCCAUCCUUGUUGUGCUCCACACUGAGCACGUUUAACUUCGGAGUUCUCACAAGAACUCCUCCAUUACACCCCAAAACGCGUCAUGCCAGUUAAAGCCGGUUUCCUACUCUUAUGAACCAUGGAUCUCUCCCGUGCUUUGUCGAUGUGACAUUUGCCUAAGGUGUUACAUAAACCAGGCUCUGAUACCACUUGUAACAUCCUGAACAUUUUCCUGACAAGAUACUGUCCGCUUUGGGCCUCGACCCUCACGGUUUUCGACUUGGGGUGCAAUUCAAGGUGACUUCCCAUAAGGUCACCCAUCCUUGUUGUGCUCCACACUGAGCACGUUUAACUUCGGAGUGCUCACAAGAACGCUCCAUUACACCCCAAAACACGUCUUGUCAGUUAAGGCAGGUUUCCUACUCUUAUGAACCAUGGAUCUCUCCCGUGCUUUGUCGAUGUGAGAUUUUGCCUAAGGUGUUACAAAACCAUUGUUAUAACAAUGGUUGUCAACAAAUGUCAUAUAAUUGAUUCUUGUCUCAUUAAAACGAUGGAGACUUCUUGCUCCACAUUAGUUGUCAAUAUCCUUUGAAGAAUCCAUCUUUGUAAAUGGUGGUGGAACAAUUUACCACAUAAAAUUAACAUAAAUUCAUUUAUUGUAAUUUAAGGUUCCUGAAUAAAACCAACUUGUACAUUGGUUUUUAGUAGUGAUAACUUCUUGCCAUGCUGCUAAAAUGAUCUUGCUACAUGCAGCUGGAAUGUCUUUAAAAAGUGGUUGACAUAUUUAUGCACAAGCAUGUGCUACAUGAUGUUUGAUAUAGAACCCAAUAAUAUGAAUGUAAACCCACCAGUAUUCAUCAAGAAGUAUUUUCUUCAUAUUGAACAUUUGUUCAUAUAUGUCCAUAAGUGAAUCAAUUGUGCAACCAAUCUUGCAAACUUCAGACUGCAGGUGGAGUGAUCAUUUAGUUGUUGCAUUGACUAUAAUCAUAAAUAACUAUCUAAUCCAUAUGGUGCAUUGAUCCAAUAAUUUCACAGUGCAUAUACCAACUCACUUAUUACAUUCAUUGGUGAUAUCAUAAUCAACUUUCCUUGAGAAUAAGCGGCACAAGAAAAAUCUUUCAUUGUGAAAUUUUGCUUAUAUUCUCACUAACGAUUUAUACAAAUCCUCGAUUAUAUUUUGCAUCAAAAUUUAGCCGGGAUGGUCCAACCGGCCAUGUCAAUAUAUCAAUUUACAACAUACGUAAACUCCAGGUUUAUGGGUUGUUUGAUUACCUUUUGCUUCAGGAAGAAGGAUUAACUACGAGUAGAAUUCAACACAAUGACAUAUUUUAUGCAAGGCAUUAAGAAUAAGGAUACCAAAAGGGGACGCGAUCGAAGUGGCACGACUCUUUGACCUCAAUUGGUAUGUUGCAGGUUCGUUGAUAACGAUGUAUUUGCACAUGUUUGCACCCUUAGUUCUUAUCCGUUUGCGGCUAGUAUUCGUGUAUUUUUGGGCCUUUUUACGCUGGGUUGUGCUACUUUGUCAUAUUUCAGGUCCCAAACGUUGAAGGAAAGGCCAAGCAUGAGAUUCGGGGCAUAUGGAGGUCAUUCGGUCGAGCUGGGAGCAAAACACGGGCAGGAGGCCUGAUAAACACGGCCGUGUACACAAACGAGCACCCCAGUGUUUUUAUGUGCGAGAGUUGAACAGAUGGAAAAGCAAAACACGGGCUGGCCUAAAGAAGAACACGACCGUGUCCCCGGCCGUGUUAUUUAUGCCGAGGCUGGGUCGAAGGGAGCUCCUGCCAUGUCCAAAACACGGGCGAAAGUGAGUAAAAACACGGCCGUGUCCCUCUUUAGGCAGAACCAUGUUUUGAGCGACGCAGGCGUGUUUUUAACACGUGGCAAAGGCACGGACGUGCAAAAGCAAAACACGGCCGUGCCCUCGACCGUGUUUUGCCCAAGAUCAGGUUUUUGAGGCAGAUUCGAGCCUAAGGAGAGGGAGUCGACUUUUUGGAGCAAAAACGGAGUUUUAGAGAGAGAAAGUGCAAAGAACAAACCCUAGGAGCUAUUUGGAGUGGAUUUCUCACCAUUGAAGCCCAUAUUGCAUCCCUAGGAGUGAAGUUUACAUCCCAUAGCAGAUUUUCCUCAUCAUUAUGAGUAUGACUACUCUGAUUUCUGUUUUUCUCUCUCUCUCUAUGGAGUAGAACUUUCUCUCACUUGGGUAUGAAGAACCCUAGUUCCAUGUGUUAGGAAUCUUGAUUGUAAUUACGUUUGGAUUGUGAUGUUGCUUGAAUAUAAUCGAUUGAAGUGUUUUGAUUGAGUCAAUUGAAGUCUAAUCACCUUUUAUUAAUUUCUGCUGCAACCUGAGAUAGAUAGAAUCUGAUUAGGUUGUUAGAGCUUCUUCAAUCGGUAGUAGUGAAUCGAUUAUAAGAGAGUUAUUCGAUUCAUUGCUUUGUGCUGGAAUCUAAUUCCAGUAAUGGAAUUCUGUGUUCAUUGCCUCAGCAUUCUAUCCCGGUGAAGACUAGUCGUCUGCCGGGUAGUUUGACUGAGAGGGCUUGGUCAGCUUAAGAGAUUCCAAACUACUGUCGUAUCUUCCACAGUAUAAUCAGCAGUAAAGCAACCAAUAGUAAUUACAACUGUGACCUAACUAAGGAGCUAGGGGACUCAUUCCCGAGUGACUCUUCCUUUGCUUUAGAAAACCGAACCAUUUCCUGCUUUCUUACUGCUUUUACCUAAAUCAACAAUCACUCAACUUAGUUUGCUAGAUAACAGAUAUACACGGAGUAAGCAGUAGAUCUAGACCCUGGGUUGAUAAUUAGAACUUGCCACUUUACUUCAUUUCCGGACUGCGAUUAUACUUGGUCGCAGUUUGGUGUUGCGUUUUAGCGUGUCAUUCGUGCCCCAUUGACGCCAUAUUUCGAACCCUAUUCCUUUUUGAUUCACCAAAAGAAAAAUGUUUAAUACACCAUAUCACAAUAUUUGAUAUUUAUGCUUUUGGUAAUUUAUGUUGGUUUUGUUUAACGUCACAUUACUGUUCCAAUAUAAAAUUAUUGGAUACAACAUAUAAAAUAAUAUCUUAGUGUUGUCUCCUGAUAAUAUUAAUCACCCUUGUGGCAUUUUAUGGGUAAUUUCGACCAACUUAAUACACUACCUCUUUUGUUUCUUUCCAAAUUUCAAACUGAAACAAUGAUCUUCUCAACAUUAUGCAAAAUGUACCCCAUCAACAUCCUUAUCUUUCCCCCCUUUUCGACUAUAAAACAACAAUCUUUCUCUUAAUGUAAUUCUACUCAACUCUGAAAAACCAUUCAUCAUCUCUCAAUUGCAUAAUCUUUCUUCCCUUCUUGGGAACUCUUCUCUUCAUAAGUCGCUUCAAGGAUCUUAUCGAGUUUGAGUGAAGUAAUGAGUGAAGAAAUGUUCCCAAAAAGAUCAUAGAUGGAUUGAUUUUCCUCUUCUUUGUGGCAAUUCUCCUUUUAACUGCACGCUCCUCUCAAUUAGAUGAUCCUGACCAAAAGCACUUUCUCGAGGAAGUAAAGCAUCAGAAUCGUAAGCGUGAUUAAAUUUCUCUUGUUCAAUCCAUGUUUGGUAGUAUGAAAAGGAGACUUAGAUAACUUAUCAUGUAUGAUGUAUGAAUUCUAUCAAUAAAAUGAAAUUUAAGUAUUACC